CAAAUAGAGUUUUGAUAAUAGGUUUGUUCUCACAGCUGUAAGAAACAUAUUUCCAACAGAUAAUCAUGCGCAAUAGGGUAAGACGCGUUCGCACAGAAAUUUUUGAUUGGUUUCCAACCAACAGUAAGCUGUUCACACAGAAAAUUCUGAUUGUUGGCUGACAGUCAGACCAGUUCGCGGAUCUUUUGCAAGUAAAGUGUCCGGCGCAUGCGUAUUGCAACUCGACGUCAUUGCUUCAUUGCUUGGUAAACUUAACCUACAAAACGUGUGUUGUUUUUGUUUAGUGUUUUUUUUCUUCAAAAAAUAAAGAACAGAAAUGAGCGAUUUUGAAUCUUCCGAAGAAUCUGAGGCGUCCGAAUUUUCGGAUACAGACACAGACCUAGAAGAGCUGAUAGACCUGAUGGAGGAACGGGUCAGGCCCAAGAAUCAAAAUUACUUGGAUGAAACGGUGCCCCAGUUCAACAGAACUGAAUUCCUGGAACAUUUUAGAGUUAGCCGUGAAGUAGCAAACGAUAUUUCUCAAAGAUUUGCAAAUAGUGAAUACUAUAAGGAACAGUCAGGACCAUAUGGAAAAUUAACCUCAUUACAGUACACUUAUAUAUUUUUAUGGUAUGCAGGGCAUCAAACCGCUAGCUUCCGUGAUGUAGCUGACAGAUUUAAUGUGACUAUCAGUGUUCUACAUAAAAUUAUCAAAAGAAUGAUAUAUUUCUUAAGUAACCUUUCACCUGAGGUUAUAAAAUGGCCAAAUGAUGUGGAGAAGCAGGAAAUAGAACAGUAUUUUCGCCAUAAAAAUACGUUUCCCGGAAUUAUUGGGCUAAUUGACGGAACCCACAUUAAAAUAGAUAAACCCCAGGAUGAUCCUGACUCCUAUAUUAAUCGAAAGGGCUUUUACUCUGUUCAGGUGCAACUGGUAUGUGACCAUAAUCUUCGCAUUACUGACAUAUUCACAGGGUAUCCAGGAUCCGUACAUGAUGCCCGAGUGUUCAGAACAUCUCCAUUAAGUGAGACAUUGGAAGAAAAAUGUGGAGAAUUUCACUUGCUAGGAGACAGUGCUUAUCCAUUAUUAAAAAAUGUGUUAACACCCUUUCCAGAUAGAGGCCUGUUAAAUAGACAACAAAUUAAUUACAAUAUACAACAUUCCAGCAACAGAGUAAAGAUUGAGCACUGUAAUGGGGUAUUAAAGCAAAAAUGGCGUCAGCUGUAUCAUUUGAAAUUAAGGGAUAUUAGGCUCAUCGUUAACUUCAUUAGAGCAUGUUGUGUUCUUCACAAUUUAGGGUUGCAAGAUGGUGUUGCACUAGAUUUAGAAGAAAAUGUAGAACCAGUUGAACCUGCUCCACGUCUAGACCCCGAUAAUAUAGAACAGGGCAUUCAGGAAGAUUUAAAUGCUGUAGCAAAACGAAAUCACAUUGUAAACAUCCUUGGACAAUAAAUGCAUAAUAAUUUUUUGGGACUUGCCCAAUACCAAGGGACAUUGUUUAAAGUCUGCCAAAUUAUCUGUCACUUCUUGUGUAAGCCAUACAAAUUGUACGCUACAUAUUAGAUUUUUUUAGUGUUUACUUAAAUAAAACUAAAAUUUCGCAUUUUUUUUUGUUUUAGAAGUUAUAUAAAAUGACAGGCUUUUCAAGAGCCGUUUAUAACUAUUGAAAUGUGCAAAUGUGGUUUUUGAAAUAAUUUUUAACAAAAUAAUUGUGCUAUCAAGAUGCUAUCUUCAGUUACAAAAUCACAAGAAUCACAUUUAUAAAUGAAUUUCUUGCUUCCUUAAACAUUAAAUCUGCUUUUAUUGCACAUGAAAGUUGUGUGUAAGCAUUCCUUCAUCCAAAAACAUUCAUUGCUUUCAGGGGAAGUGAAAUUCAUAUAAAAAUGUCCCCUUACUGUGAUGUUCUAACAAAUUUAGCAUAGAAAAUAUAGCUUCUUUUACAUAUAUUUUAAACACCACACAUUUGCUCUGAUUCUGGUAUUUUUUAAGCUAAAAAUAGCCUUGCUUUUUCUGUGACACUGUAUAGUUUUGAAAUGUGCAUUAACAAUUUUUAUAAAAAAUCAAUAAUAUGUGAAUACAUUUUUUAUAUUUUAUUUUAACAACAAAAUAUACAUUAUACCCUGCA